AUGGUGGGUGCCAUCCUAAUCUCUAGUGGCAGGGAGUUCCAUUGUCUAGGACCGGCCACAGAAAAGGCACGCUCUCCUCUACGCUUGAGCCAUACACGAGGAACCACCAACAUGGCCUGUCCUCACUAUGCGCUGCAGGGUCUUGUGAUCCAAGACAGUGCACUUCCCAAACCAGACAAUACACAACUUAUCUUCUCUUUCCCACCCGCAGAUGCCACAGCUUCUGACCGGAUCUCUGCAUGUCUGGCAGAAAUUUCAUCAUGGAUGACUGCUCAUCAGUUAAAGCUUAAUCCUAGCAAAACUGAGCUGCUCUUCAUCCCAGGUGAUUCAUCCCCAGGUCAUGAUCUUGCUAUAUCCUUGCACAACGAUCUGAUCUCCCCUUCAGCCACAGCUCGCAACCUUGGGGUAACCAUGGACAAUCAACUGUCCUUUUCCUCUCAUGUUGCUAAUGUGACUCGCUCAUGUCGGUUUCUUCUCUACAACAUUAGAAGGAUUCGACCAUUUCUGUCCACACAGGCUGCUCAGGUACUUGUUCAGUCUCUUGUCAUUUCUAGACUGGAUUACUGCAAUGCACUGUUGGCAGGUCUACCUAUGAACGCAAUCCGUCCUCUGCAAAUGAUCCAAAAUGCAGCUGCCCGGCUUGUUUUCAACCUGCCAAAGUUCUCUCAUACCACCCCGCUGCUGCGAUCCCUCCACUGGCUUCCGGUAGCUGCACGCAUCAGAUUCAAAACACUGAUGCUGGCCUACAAAGCCAAAAAUGGACCAGCUCCCUCUUACCUCAAAGCCCUCAUCACUCCUCGCACUGCACCCCGCACCCUCCGAUCUACCAGCACUGCUCGACUGGUUCCACCAUCUCUCAGGGUAAGAGGCAAGUAUACUACAAGACUCUUCUCUGUACUGGCACCAAGGUGGUGGAACGAACUUCCCCUAGAGGUCCGGACAGCUGAGUCACUGGCUAUUUUCAAGCGGCGGUUGAAGACCUACUUAUUCAGGAAACACUUCAACUAGCACUUCUUUCAUUAUCUUUUGCAUUUA